CUUCCCCCAAUUCCAAACCCAACUAUCGUUAUUUCCUCAUCUCCGGACUCCCCAUUCAUCGUCUUCUCUCUUCUCUCUUCUCUCUUCUUCCUUUUCUUAUUCUUCUUCUACCCAUUUUCAUUUUUAAUUUUUAAUUUUUUUCUUAUUGGGUAUAAUUUCAUCUUUAUUAGCUUUUAUGGUCACAAUAAAAGCUGACCCACAAUGCUUCUGCCAAAGUUCUAAAGUAGUGUGUCAAUUUCACGAUUUCUUUAAUUAGAGAUAAGGGGGAAAGGGGGAGGGCAGGGAAUCUGAGGUUCUCAAUUCGUGGGAUUUGGAGAUGAAGCGAGUUCUUGGCGAUGGUGAUGGUGAUGGUGAUGGGGAUCGGAAGAGUGGGAAGAAAUCGAGGGCGGAGACGGCGGAAGAUUCCGCUUCCGGGAAGUCUGGGUUUGUGAAUUUGGAUGAUAAUUUACUGUUCGAGGUGUUGAAGCAUGUGGAUGCGAGGACUCUGGCCAUGGCGGCGUGCGUGAGCAAGCAGUGGCACAAAACGGCGGAGGACGAGCGGCUCUGGGAGCUGAUCUGCACCAGGCACUGGGCCAACACCGGCUGCGGCAACCAGCAACUCCGAUCUGUAGUUCUAGCCCUCGGCGGCUUCCGUCGUCUCCACUCCCUCUUCAUCUGGCCUCUUACAAAACCCCAAUCGUCGGCCGCCGCCCCUUCAUCCCCGGCCUCCUCUUCCUCUUGGUCUCCGUUUCCGGCGAUGAUUGGGUCGAAGCCGCCGGCCCGCUGGGGAAAGGACGAGGUCCAUCUCUCGCUCUCCCUCCUCUCAAUUCGGUACUACGAGAAGAUGAAUUUCAGCAACAGAGGCAGAUGAGCGCCUCCAUAUAUAUUCACUCAUUUUAACCAUUUUCCCUAAGUUUGGCAAUUGAAAUUUCCCUUUCAAUGUGUUUUUGGAUUUGAUCUGGGCUGUUCUGGUUAAUUAGAUCUGUAUUAUCCGCUAUCCGGUUGUGUACUCUACUCUUAUAAGGUAAAUUUCUAACUUGUGUAUCCGAUGAUAUUUUAAUUA